UCAGCUGACUAAGGGUCGUCACUAGUUACCACAGUCAUAAACCCCGACUGUUUCUAAAAUAUAUCUUCUUCAAAUGUGAUUAUAAACCUAACCGUAACCACACUCCUAAACCUAACCCUAAAUUAAUCCCCAAAAGCACAUUUUUGUUUUUAUAAAAUUUUAUGAUAUAGCCAAUUUUGACUUUGUGGCUGUGGUAACUAGCGGAAAACACUGUCUAGAAAAAACUGAUCAAGACAACAGUGCAACGUUAUGAGAGGUGAGGACUGGAAUAUGUGAACAUUGUACAGUGCUGGUGAUCUUUUGAUAUAUAACCCACCAUUGAAGAUGCCUGCGGUGUCCAGUGGGGUGAAGGACUUGUACCUCUCUACUAACCUGGGGGACCUCAACAAGAAAGCUGAAGUCAAGUCUGACAAAGUCAACACCAAGAGCUAUGUCCAGAGUGCCUGUAAGAUCUUCAAGGCUGCGGAGGAGUGUCGUCUGGAUGGAGACGAGGAGAGGGCCUAUGUUCUCUACAUGAAAUACCUAACGGUUUAUAAUCUCAUCAAGAAGAGGCCCGACUUCAAGCAGCAACAGGAGUUUUUCCUGUCCCUGCUGGGGCCCAACAGCUUUAAAAAAGCCAUAGAAGAAGCCGAGAAGCUCUCUGAAAGCCUUAAACUCAGGUACGAGGAAGUCGAGGUUCGCAAAAAACUUGAGGAGAAAGAGAGACAAGAGGAGAAGAAAAGGAGGGGGGAUAAGACAGAGAAAGAUGGAGGGAGGGCGUCUCCAAAAGGAGGGAAAGAGAUCAAGAAGGUAAAAGAGCAGAAGGAGUUGAAAAAUGGACCUUCAAAAGCUGCGGUGCCAGCAGGAGGGAUCACAGCAGAGGGGUUGUUCAAGAUGAUGAGGGACCAGGCCAUUACGGUCAUUGUGAUGGACGCUCGCUGCCUCCGAGACUUCCAGGACUCACAGAUCCAGGUCCCCACCCAGACUGUCAUCAGUGUCCCAGAGGAGGCGAUCAACCCUGGCAUCACAGUGAACCAGAUAGAGGCCAAUCUACCUGCUGCAUCCAGAGAGACGUGGAAGAGACGGGGGUUCGUAGAUUACAUUGUCCUACUGGACUGGUUCAGCUCUGUUACUGACCUCAAACUGGGAACCACCUUACAAAGCCUCAAAGAUGCUCUCUACAAGUGGGACAGUACCACUAUCCUGCGUAGUGAGCCCAUGGUCCUGGAGGGAGGCUAUGAGAGCUGGCUCCUCUUCUACCCCAUGUACACAUCCAACGCCAAAGUCAGACCGCCCCGAACACACAGCUACAGCACCCUCCCACAGCUGAACUUCAACUACCCGUCACUGGAGGAGCCCAAACCGCCAACCCCCCCUCCCCCCGAGCCGGACCCUGAACCCCAGGCUGCCCCUGCCUCCCUGGGUAGCGUACAGGUGAACGGUGCCCCCCUGGAGGAUCUGACCCCCUCCCACCCUGAGACCCCCUCCACAUGGACGGAGGCAGACGCCACAGACUCACCCCACACAGGGUUCACUCACCCUGGAGUAGACCACAGCAAGAAGGACCCUGGAGCCGGUCCAGGGACACCCAGCCAGCCUGGAGGGACAGCCAAGCACAUCCCACAGAUCGACCGUACCAAGAAGCCAUCAGUCAGAGUCUCAGACGGGUCUAAACCCCCCCUGGAUGCCCUCCCCAGGGACCUGCCCCCCUCCUCCCAGAAUGGCCCGUCUGUACCCCAACCCAACCGCUCGGUCAAACCGGCCUUUGACCCGUCGGUCCCGCUGACGGACGAGGAACGCGGUCAGAUCCACACGGAGACGGCUGCUCUGAUGGAGAAGGCCCGGAGAGAGCAGGAACAACGCACACAGGACCGCCACACCGAGGAGGAGUGGAGAGAGAGGGAACGCCGGGAGAACCAGGAGAAGGAUAAUGAGGAGACGGAGAAGAAGAAGAGGAAGGAGGAAGAGAACAGGACUCAGGAGAGGAAGAGGUUGGAGAGACAGAAGGCAGAGGAGGAGAACGGGGUUGGGGAGGAGCAAAGGGAGGAUACGCCAACAAACGGUGCUUCUCUGGACUCGCCAGCUCCCAGCCGUGUCGUCACUGAGAUUAAGCGGGAGCUCCUAACCAGAGCCAGGAGUGAGGAGAUGGGGAGGAGUGUACCAGGCCUGCCUGAUGGCUGGAUGAAGUUCUUGGACACGGUAACCGGUACCUACCGUUACUACCAUUCCCCAACCAACCGGGUGGACUGCUACCCCCCUGAGGUCAGCGUACCCCAGACGCCCCCCUCCACCCCUCCUACGGCCAAACAGAAGCAGCCCCGCCCCGCUGAGCCAGACCAGACCAUGGACCGCGACCAGGAGCAGUCCAAACUGAAACGUUCCUACUCUUCUCCGGACAUCAGCCAGGACCUGAGGGAGGAGGGGCUAAAGAAGGUUACCGCCCCUAUAACUGCAGCCACGCGCCCAACCUUUAACAGGGAGACCAAACCAUCCACUGCUAGCGUCUACACCAAGGUGGAGAUCGCCCGUCCGUCUGCGGCUAAGAUCCGUAACCUGAACCCUGUGUUCGGCGGUCUGGGCGCCUCGCUCACCGGCCUGCGUAACCUAGGUAACACCUGCUACAUGAACUCCAUCCUGCAGUGUCUCUGCAACACGCCGGCCAUGGUGGACUACUUCAACAAGAACCUCUAUCAGGAGGAUAUCAACAGGUCAGUCGUGUAGUGGUAAUGAUAAUGU